AUGAGUAAUUAUAGUACUAAAACUCCAACAUUUAAUUUUAAAGAAAAUAAACAAAUAAAUAAACAACAAUUAAAAGAAUUAAUUGACGGUGUUGAAAAAGGAGACUACGAAAAGAAUUAUGUUUUAAUUGAUGUUAGAAAUCCAACUGAAGUUGAACAAACCCAUUUAAUUCCAACAGCUGAACAUAUUCCUCUUGGUUUAUUACCAGCAGCUUUAUCAAUGUCUGACUCUGAGUUUGAAGAAACUUUUAAUAGAAAAAAAUUUGAUGUAUCAGGAAAAAGAUCAGAAAUGGCAGCCGAUCUUGCUAGAAAUAUGGGUUAUAGAAACGUUUUAAAUUAUCCUGGUUCUUUUGAAGAUUGGGUUUCAAAUUAA